ACGCCGUCGACUGCGAAAGACGUACGAACAUGGCUGCUCCCUGUUAGCUGAGUAGUUUCUCUAAAUUGUGGCCUUUUCUUUUUUAAACAAACCAUUCUUAGCGAUGAUAAAUAUCAAGGAGAAAACAAUGCAGUUUGUUGAUGAAGAAAAGAAUGUGGAGGAGGUAGAAGAAGAAGAAGAAGAAGAAGAGGACGAUGAGGAAGGAAAUAAAGGAGAAAGUUCAGAUGAUGGUGACGAAAAUGAAGAUGAGGAGGAAGGAGACGAAGGAGAAACAAGUUCAGAUGAUGGUGAUGAUGAGGAUGAAUCGUCAUCACACACCGCUGGUGAAAAGCUUGUGGUUCCCACUCAGGUUAAAGAGAAAAAGAAUGUUUUGAAUGUGAACAAUGAGGUUGUGAAGAUGAGGAAGGAGGUGAAGAGGAUCAGAUCGCUGCUCAUCAGGAAACUGACACGUCAGAUCGGUGCCUUGAAGAAGAAGACGGGAACAGAGGACGAAGUUGAGAGGAAUCAGAAAAGAGCUACAAGACUGCUGGAGGAGGUCCACUGCAUGAAGAAGCUCCUACCUGAUCGGGUGACCAGGACAGCUUUGCGGAAGAAUCUCAACUUUGAGCAGGUGUGCAAAAACCCCAAGUCCACGAUAUCUGAGCGAGCUGUUGCACGCAUCGGCACCCACCCUCAGUUCAGUAAAAAGAUCGAGAGCAUCAAAACUGCUGUGAAAGCCUUCAAAGAGGAGCACAGCAAGGCUGGAAAGCAGCGAGGGGACACAAAGGUUCAAAGGCUACCUAAAAAGGCGACGUUACCACCUCCAGAUGCAGAGGUAGUAAAACAAGUUGCAAACAUCCAAGGCGGUGAUGCUGUGGAGCCUCGGGAAGGCACAGACGGUGAGAAAGGAGUGGGCGUCCUGAAAAUGACUAAAGAUGGAGCUGCUGCCAAAGCCGAGAAGGAAAUCAAGAAACCUGUCCAAAACUUUCACAGAAAAGAAACGACGGCGUCCACACAUGUAAGAUCAACUCCAGAAAAAAAUACUUUGGAAAAGGACCCUGAGACACUUAACCCUCCUAGUAAAUCUGAUGAAGACAUGCCCGAACUGCAGUGCGUCCCUACGGUACUUCACGUUCAGGCAGAAGAAGAAGAAGAAAGCGAUGUGGCGUCGUCAGAUAACGAGGUGAAAGAAUACUUUGAUGACAGUACGGAGGAACGCUUUCGCAAGCAGUCCUCCCAGUCUGAGGAGAGCGACGACGACUUCUUCGUAGGAAAAGUGAGCAAAUUCAAGAAGAAGAAGAAGAAAGAAAUGGGCGAGGAGAAGAUGGUGAACAAGGGUCAGGAUACGACUGGAUCAGCAGAUAAUUUGGGACCUCGUGAGAAACUCGAGAGUCAACUCCUUGAGCUUGAGUCGAGAUUGAAGUCUAAAGCUCUUCAGUCUGUUUUCUGUUCUUCUCUGAGUAGAACUAAAGCUGUUCCAGGCUCCGACCGAAGGAAGGGUGGGGGUCACAUCGAACAUCAAGGGAAGCUGAGUGCUGCCAGCAGGGCCAGAGGAGAUUAUUCAGAUAAACAGCCCGUUAAAGGUCAGGAAAUGAGUACUUCAUAUUCCAGAUCCAAGUUCAGCAAGCCCUACCCCGACAGUAGACACCCAGAGUCUUAUAAAAAGGAGGCGACGGGCCAUGGACGAGGAAGAGGAGGCGCUCAAAGUGGAAAGGAUCGAAGAGGUGGAGAUGUCUUUUCUCAUGAGCCGCCGCUUCAUCCAUCCUGGGAGGCCAGCAAGAAAAGGAAGGAGCAGCAGGGUCAAAUCCUGGCCUUCCAGGGGAAGAAGAUUAAAUUUGAUGAUGAUGACUGAGACAGUCUUAUUUCAUUUUUUUUAAUCGUGUCUUGAAUUAUUUCUGUACUGAUUCCUGCGAGAUAUAAAGACUACCACUUCAGGUGAUCCAACACCAGUGGAGCUCUGUGAAA